UCUUAUAGUCGCGACUGCCUGGCACGUUCAAAUAGCCCAUGAUGUUGGUUCCACUAAUAACUCGUUGCACUGCCUGCUCGUGCUGCUAGCGCCAACGUGGACACGUACAAUAUGUUUCGCACCAGCGGUCAUUUCCUGCUUUUGAAAGAUCGUAACAUCCUGCAUGCGGUUUCUCAUUAAUGGCAUUGCUGAGCCUCUAAAAGACACAAAGAAGCAGGGCACGGCGGGCAAGGCUGCCGCUAAAGAAAAGAAGCCAAAAUCCGGUACAACCGGUGGAAAAGCCAAGAAAAAGUGGUCCAAGCAAGUGUCGCGCGAGAAGCUGCGAAACAUGGUACUGUUCGACACGGCCACGUUCGACAAGCUCCAGAAGGAGGUGCCCAACUACCGGCUCAUCACGCCCUCCGUGGUGUCGGAGCGCCUGCACCUGCGCGUGUCGCUGGCGCGCGAAGCCCUGCAGCUCCUGUGCGACAAAGGUAUGAUCCGCAAGGUGGUGCGGGAGCGCGGCCAGCACGUGUACACGCGCAUGGCGCACACGGAGGACGGCGCGGACGGUGGCGACGCGGGAGGCAAACAGCAGCCACAGCCACAGCAGCAGCAACGCAAGUGACUUCCACUCGCUACGAGAACACUGUCACCCACCCCCCCUGAUCUCUCCAUACUCGAUCCCAAAGUUGCCCCCCCAACCAUCCCAAAGAUCUCCCUUACAAGCCACAGUCAUUUCAUAUGCCCUGCUUCGGUACGCCCAGCCCCAUUCCUAACCGUGCUAGCUUACCAGCCCUAAUCUCGAACCCGAACCACAUUGCCCAACUCGACAUGCCCAAACCAAUCGAGCCAACCACAGUCACGCUGGCGAUCCAGAACCCUACCUAUAACCAUACGUAUAGACCUGACCCUGCUACAGUAGUCAUGCGUAAUCCCAAUGUUGGACCGCCCCACAAAAAAAUAAAAUUCUGCAUUCCCUUCCCGACGACUAGCGGCUUUUCCACUUGUUAUUGGUUUCCCAGGAACCUGUCCUGGGAAAUGCGUCUUCCCCGAGGCCUUUAAUGUCUCAAUUUGUUGUCGGUUGUGUAGCGAUACACCACUCGCCCAAGACGAUGCAUUUCACAUGUAGUUCACUCGUCCUCUUGAGAUUUCCUACCCUCGAAAGAUGCAUCAAUGUGUCAAUUAAAUCAAAUGUAUUCCUGCUGUAGAAUACUUGCAUGAAAUUGAGUGCGAGAUUGUUCAAAAAUAAAGUGAACAAAUAUAACUGUAAAUGGUACACACGAGAUGAAAAAUGUAUGUCAACAAUACAUUGUAAAUCUAAUCCUGACCACCUUCGGUCGCGAUGACGCAUCGAAUCUCCUGCGGGAACGAUCCAUUACGUGCCCCUAGACUAGCCACGGUACCCACUCCCAUGCACAACAUAAUCAUGAGCGUCGUUGCAGAGAAAAUCAAUUACAAUCACCAAGUCUCAUUUCGUAUCUGACCGUUUCCACGUCGAGAAAGGAAAGGAUUUUUUAUUUUUACCGCAACUUAUCGGGCUCCCACGCACGGCCUUGCGGGAGUUACUCAUUUCAGCAACCGUUGGUUGAGGACGAGCAAACUCUGGACAGGUUAUUAAACUCCCGUGUCAUCGCCCUGAGAACGAUUGUUAAGGGCUCUUUUAUAAACUUUAAGUCUUAUUACUAAGGCCCCCGCAGACCCGGUGACACUUGCUGUCCACUGUUGGGUUUCCAAUCGGUAAUUUAUUCCGCAAAAAAAUCUAACCUUGCAUUAAUACACAUUGCUAAAAAUAGUCUAAAACCACCACUUGGCUAACCACUGCCGAGGUGAAGGCCUCCCCUGCAGAGUUGAUCAUGUGGGUUGUUUCAACCAUACUUCACCUCCUCCCCCUCCCUAAUAUAGUGUAUUUGGCCUACUCUUCCAUUCUGGCCAGGCCAUAUUUAAAGAGGUGGGAGUAGCCCACACUGCCCCACCACACGCCGCACCUCCGAUUAGCACGGUUGGUGGUUACGUACGGUACGAAAGAAGUUCAACAUAGAACUGCGGUGCACGAAUAUAUAUGCUGCUGGGGGUAGAUGGGGGCAGGCAUGGAGGAGCGCGAGGCGAUCGUUAGACUAGAGGUCGGCAACCAAACUAACAAGCGAAAUGUUAUGAAUUAUUAUGAAGCGAAAUGUGUUUUCGUAUUGGGUAAAAAAAAAUGCAAGUAUUCAAGAGCCGCAAUGCUUGUGCAUAUGUGACGGUGAUCCUUGAUAAGCACUCACUAGACAGUGGUCCUUGAUUAAACAACGUCACUAAGCAGUCAAAGAGCUGCAUGCGGCUCCGCGUGCCGCAAGUUGCCGGUAUGGACUCGCCGUGAUGCAUCAUUUUUAUCCGGGGCGGGCCGAGGCCGGAGGAUUAAAACAAACUUUCCCAUUGGUUUUCGUCUUCCGCGUGGGGGAAAUUGAACUGGUGACCUCUUGUGUUGCAAGUCCAGUGCACUCGCCGUUACAUAACGGCGGCAUUCCACUCGGGUGCUGUGUAACCUGUUAAAUGUGUUCCGCUCAAGAACCGAGCCUACAAUAAAUUUGCAUCCAUGGAUAUUUUUUUGUGUUAUACUAAAUUGUG